AUGGUCCCUAGAAAGAUUCCAGCUUUCGACAGUUCUGCCAAGGAUUUCUUGUUGCGAAAAGAUGUCCCGGAAAAACAAAACGUGAAUGGCUCCGCCUCUAAGCCGCAGAUGAAAGAGGAGCAGACUUCUGGCUCGGCCCCUCCCUCUACCCAAAUUACGCAAGAGCGUUCAGCCCAGAAAGGGCAGAUUCAUGAAACUUCUGGAGGAAAUCAAAAUCUUGGAUCUCAGUCACGCCAGUCUCCAGCUACUUCCAACCUCGCCGGUGGUGGAACAGGAACUUGCUCCAAGGAUCCACCCAGUGUAAAGCAUGAGAACCCAGGCCUUGCCUCGUUCUUGUCUUUUGCUCCUCCUGGGGUUUUCAGUACUGCCACGCCGGCUGCUAAUCCCAACGAGGUGAAGAAAUCAACUGCCAAUAAUGCUACAGGCACCCAGACACCUGCUCCCAUGAAAGUGGCAGAGACCGCACGUCCCUCACGGGUGGAAGUUACUGGAAAAGCCCAGGUUUCUCAAUUGACUCAGAAGAACCUCGAGACAGUGGCGCCUGGCAACCGUGGCCCGAAGGAAAAUGGCCAGGUGGGCAUAAAUGGCAAAUCACAUCAGCCCGUUGGACUUGUUGAUGGAAAUCCAACUUCUGCAUCGCAGACUAAUAAAGCACCCGAGGCUCGAAGUGACAAGACUGCACCUACGCCACAAACGGUUCUCGAGCCAAAAGAAGCAAGCCAACCAACACCCACCGCCAAGCCAGCACCAAAGACAUCUCCCAAGCCAACAGGACCCUCAGAGGGGACAAAACAACCAACACCUACUGUUAAACCGGCACUUAAGACUGCUCUCCAGCCAACAGGGCCCUCAGAGGGGACAAAAAAGCCAACACCUACUGUUGAGCCAGCACUCAAGACUGCUCCUGAGCCAAAAAAGCCCUCAGGGGAAGAAAAUCAACCCAAAGUCAUUGCUGAGACAGUCUUUAAACAAACUCACGAGCCUGUUGUUGCUUUGAAAUCCUUGCCUAAUGGUUAUGUCAAAGAGCAGCCGCUUGAUGAUAAACCCUCUGAGAAUUCGCCCCUCCGGCCCCAGGCUGAGGACUUCAGCCCCCAUCCCGAUCUUGUCCCUGUUCCUCACAACUCCCCUCAGCCCAUGCUUGAUUUCCACUCGCCCCGCCUCAUGAGUCCUGUCAAUGCCACUGCUAUCAGCAUGGACAAUUUGCAGCGAUUUAUACCCACUGGUGUUACCACGGGGCAGCUAGUUACUACGACUCAGGUAUCUAUUCUCGGUGGCAAGAUGACACCUGGAGAGAGUAGAGGCACUUUGUACAUGCAGACUCCGGUCAGCAUCCAGCAUGGAACCCCUCAGCCUCAGGGUGGUUCUGUCCCUGCGACCCGAGCAUCUUCACAAGAAGUUCGCUCUCAUAUCCAGUUGAAGCCUACACAGGGCCUUGCUUCAUCUCGCUGGAACAAACAGUAG